GAGUCAGAUGCCCAUUUCUAGUCUGGACACUUGGGCAAGGAGUACAUACCCACAGCCUAAAGGACAAUGAACUGAUCAAAUACUAACCAUGGGACAGGCACAGCAAACAGAGAACGUAGAAGAAAUUGAUGUCAAAGCACUCCAGGAUAUGUACAAAAAGUUUGUCACAGAAUGCCCGAGUGGACUACUUUUUCUACAUGAGUUCAAGCGUUUUUUUGGGGUGGACCCAACAGGUGAAGCAUCAGAAUAUGCAGAGAACAUGUUUCGAGCUUUUGACAAAAACGGGGAUAAUACGAUAGAUUUCCUUGAGUUUGUGGCAGCACUGAAUCUUGUCUUUCGGGGGGACAUGGAGCAUAAACUGCGCUGGUCAUUCAAGGUGUACGACAAAGACAGCAACGGCUGUGUGGACAGGGACGAGCUCCGGUCAAUAAUCGAUAGCAUUCAUCGUGCAAAAAAAGGCAAUAAGAAGGACAAAGAGCCACAUAUGACAGUUGAUGAUGCUGUGGAUCGAAUAAUGCGGGCUGUUGACACUGAUGGUGACGGUUGCAUUAAUAUGGAAGAGUUCAUUAGAGGGGCACAGCAGGACCCCUGGGUGCUCAACAUGUUGAAGGUGGACAUAAAUCCUGCACGAUGGGUUCUGGAUCAAAGGAGAAAGAGCGCACACUUCUGAAGAUGGCCAAGUACACAAUUUAGGCCUUUUUUCACACUGAGAAGACAUUUAGGCUAUGUCCACAGGAACACGGUGUGCGUUUUAGUUUCUCGUCCAGACGCAAACAUAGAUUUUGUCCCUAAAAACUGUGUAAUUAUUAGUCAUGGUUAUAAUGAAGUGACAUGUAGUUAUACAGUUAAAUUAAGACGUAUUUGGACAGUCGCAUGUGUGUGAAAUAAAAUAACAUAUGGCUGACGUGUCGGCGUUCAGCUUUAAUUUCAGAGGUGUUCCCAAAAAUAUGGCAUUUACAAAACUACAACAUUUACAAUUCAACCAUUUAUGUAAAGUACAUAAAUUUUCUAAAGCUCAAAAGUAUUGGCAUAAUUGUACAUUAAUACCUUAAUUUUAAUACUUGGUUGAUAACUCAUUUGCAGUUAACUAGUGCCUGAAUUCUGGAACCCAUGGAUAGCAUCACAUUUUCCAAAGUUUUGUGUAUUAGAGAAAUAGGGUUUCAUUUGCAAUUGUUGCAAAUAUCAAAAUACUUUUGAGCUUGUGAAAAUAGACGUAUUCUAAAUCAUAGAGAUGUGAUGGUAAAUUACAUAAUUUUUGUUAAAAAAUGCUUAGCUUUGCUCUUGUAUUGACCGGCAUGAUAGCCAAACAGGAAAAAAUAAAAUAAUUGUGACUGUCCAAAUAAUUUCAGACUUAACUGUAUAACCAACGGGGGCCAUAGUCCACGUUUGAUUUUUUUUUCUGAGAUACCGAAACAAAAAAAAGUUUUUCACUGGGUUUUUUUUCCAUUUACACUUACAGACUUCAUACUUUUCUUUUCUUUUAAAAUGUAUAACUGCAAAUGGCUGCAAUGUGUCUUGUAGCACUUUUUUAUACAAAGGGCAAUGGACAAUGAUCAGCAAUGUACGUUGCAUACUUCAGUAUCAGGCGUGGAGGACCAGUGCAGCACUCCGGUGGCAGCACAACACCAACUGACCUUGGAACUGUGCAAGACGUCUCGUCUAAUACAAGACAGUCAUCUUUCGCAGCAAAGGGCAGCCAUACAUAUAUACACAUACAUACACACACAUACAUGGGUAGUUAAAAUCUCUGAAUCUGCUAUUUAUUACCAUUUUGCAAUAACUACGUAUUACUUUUUUUUUUAUUUUAAUUUAAUGUUUGUAUACAUUGCUUCUCAAUUCAAUUCAGCCUUGUUGACACAUAAAUGUUUAUUUUACUGCAUUUCUUCCCAGUUUUUACUGGUUUAAAUUACUUUAUACUGUAUCACUGUGUGAUAAUGUUUUGUUGCAAAACAAGUAUAAAGGAUUCACCAAUGUACAAUUGUGUUGGAGUCAUUAUUUUAGGUACCCAUUACUUUUUAAAAUUCCGGUGUGUAAGCCGCACCCACUAAAUUUAGAGGAUAAACCACAUUUGUUCAUAUAUAAGAGCCGCAUGUGUCCCUGUCAUAAAAUGACAUAU